GACGACACAAAAGGCCUGCUUUGUGAAUGUUAUUUGGAUUGAUUAAAACAAGGAAUAAAUCUCUCAUCGCUCUGAACGAAUUGGCCAGGGAAGGAUGAACGCCAGGUCGAUCAUGGGAAAUACAGUUCACAGAGGAUUUUCUUGGAAUCGCUAUUGCGUUAUUUUCCUUUUCAUCAGCCUACAUUUCACGUAUGGAGAUGUGAGCUACUCCAUUGCUGAGGAGAUGAAACGCGGGUCUGUAAUUGGAAAUAUAGCCAAAGAUCUGGGCCUCGGGAUUGCCACACUUUCCUCGCGUAAAGCUCGCAUUGACACGGACAGGAAUGACAAGCGGUAUUGUGAUAUUAAUCUGAGCACUGGAGAUUUGAUUGUUACUGACAGGAUCGACAGGGAAGGUCUUUGUGGUAAGAAGGCGACGUGCGUUAUAAAAGAGGAGCUUGUUUUGGAAAACCCUUUAGAGCUUCAUCGUAUCAGUGUUCAUGUGCAAGAUAUAAACGACAACGCUCCACAGUUUAGCGAGGUCUUGAUUUCGUUUGAAAUAAGAGAAUCAGCAGACAAAGGAGCUAGAUUCUUACUCACUGAAGCCCAUGAUUUAGAUAUCGGUACAAAUACUGUACAGCGAUAUAAUUUACAAAAUAAUGAUCAUUUCACUAUUAAUGUUGAUACAGAGGGAAGUCGGCGGAAACACUCCGAAUUGGUUUUGGUAAAAGAAUUAGACCGAGAGCAAGAAAAAGAACUGAAGUUUGUUCUUACAGCUCUAGAUGGCGGCUCCCCUCAGAGAUCAGGUACUGCAAUAAUUCACGUCACUGUACUGGAUGCUAAUGAUAACGCCCCAGUGUUUAGCCGGGCAGUUUAUGAAUCCAGUCUACCUGAGAACUCUCCUGUAGAUACUGUAGUUGUCACAGUGAGUGCUACUGAUGCAGACGAGGGACCCAAUGGGGAUAUUACGUACAAUUUUGAUCAUGCAACUGAUGAACAAGUUUGUUUGUUCUCACUUGAUCAAAAGACAGGAGAGAUAAGAGUCAAAGGUUCUAUCGAUUAUGAAACUCAGACUUCCAUUGAACUGCGAAUAAGAGCAAAAGACGGACCAGGUCUUACCUCAUAUUGUACAGUAACUAUAGAUAUAACAGAUGUCAAUGACAAUGCACCUGCUAUUAGUUUGAAAGCACUGACUAACCCCAUACCUGAGAACGUGUCACCUGGUACAGAGGUGGGCAUCAUUAACGUGCAGGACAGAGACUCUAACGCCUGGCUGUCCUAUCAUAUAGUCAAAUCCACUGAUCCUGGACUUUUCACUAUUGGUCUCCACAGCGGAGAGAUAAGGACACAGCGGGACAUUUUUGAGUCUGACAAAAUAAAACAGAACCUUAUUGUGUCAGUGAAAGAUAACGGACAGCCCUCUCUCUCUGCCACCUGUUCCAUGUAUUUACUUAUUUCUGAUAACUUGGCUGAGGUGCCGGAACUGAAGGAUAUUUCUUACGAUGAGAAUAACUCCAAACUGACCUCUUAUCUGAUCAUCGCGCUGGUGUCUGUGUCUACCUUUUUUCUGACCUUCAUCAUCAUCAUCCUGGGUGUGAGGUUUUGUCGCAGGAGAAAGCCCAGACUGUUGUUUGAUGGAGCAGUUGCCAUCCCCAGCGCUUAUCUCCCUCCUAAUUACGCAGAUGUUGACGGCACAGGAACUUUGCGCAGCGCUUACAAUUAUGACGCAUACCUGACAACAGGUUCUAGAACCAGUGACUUUAAGUUCGUGACGUCUUACAAUGACAACACACUGCCUGCUGACCAGACUCUGAGGAAAAGUCCAUCAGACUUUGCUGAUGUGUUUGGAGAUUGUGAUGAUUCUCCUGAGACUUAG